CUUUUUCAAAUCCAAUUAUUGAAAAAGGUCAAAAUAUCAAAUUUUAUUUAUUAUAGAAUGUAUCAAAAACUUACAAUAAAAAACUCUCUACCUGAGUUUUAUCUCAAUUUUAUUAACCAAUCGCAUGCUUUCAUAGAAUGAGAUAUUAUGAAACGACGUCGUUUAGGGUAAGAACAUUACGUCACACGUUUAUUUUAAUAUUAUUUUAUCAUCGCCCUCUUUGUAAUUUCGACUUCUCUUCUUCGUCAGAUCUGAAUCUUAAUUUCCCCCAAAUCAAAGCUUUUGACCUAAAUCCGUUUCCCGGGAAAAAUAAAUCAACAAACCAUCACCGGAAUCUUCAAUAUCUCUCCGGUGAAGAAAAAAUGUCGCACAACGAUACGAUUCCGCUUUAUCAAUCAUCUCAAUCAGACAUUGACGAGAUUGAGAAUAUGAUGAACGACAGUUUUCAAUCAGGUCCCGGAACCGUGCUUCCUGCUCGACCACCGAGUCCGAUCCGUCCGUCGAUUCCCGUUUCAUCCUCACCGUUCGUUCAAUCCAAUCUCCCACCGCUUCCACCGUCGUCUUCCUCCUCCACUCAGAAGGUGAUGCCUGUUCCAGCUCCUCCACCACUUCCGUCAGCAGGUAACGAAGGUAACAAGAGUAUUGGAGGUAGCGGAUUCGGAUCUCCGCCAAAUACAUUGACGGAGCCUGUUUGGGAUACUGUGAAGCGUGAUCUGUCACGGAUCGUGAGUAAUUUGAAGCUUGUGGUGUUUCCUAAUCCGUAUAGGGAAGAUCCUGGGAAAGCACUUAGGGAUUGGGAUCUAUGGGGACCUUUUUUCUUCAUUGUGUUCUUGGGGCUUACUCUUUCGUGGUCUGCUUCCGUUAAGAAGUCUGAAGUAUUUGCCGUGGCAUUUGCACUACUUGCAGCUGGGGCAGUGAUCCUCACACUAAAUGUGCUGCUUCUGGGAGGACAUAUAAUCUUUUUCCAAAGCCUAAGCCUUCUAGGCUACUGUCUAUUUCCGCUAGACGUUGGAGCAGUGAUCUGCAUGUUGAAAGACAAUGUGAUACUGAAGAUGGUCGUUGUGUCUGUGACUCUUGCCUGGAGCUCUUGGGCUGCUUAUCCUUUCAUGAGCGCCGCAGUGAACCCGAGAAGAAAAGCUCUCGCACUCUACCCGGUCUUCCUCAUGUAUGUCUCUGUUGGCUUCUUAAUCAUUGCCAUUAAUUGAUUCUAUCCGGAAAAAUGGGAAAUCAGAGAUAGGUUCUUUGAUUCAGUUUGGGAAGUCAUUUGGUACAGAGUAGAUAGAGAAUUCUCCAGCCGCGAACUAUUCUGAGUUCUAAUGAGAUCAUAUGUAUAAUAUGUUCUUUGACGCUUUUUUGUUAAACUCCCCUGUGGAUUUUACUCUUCUAUAUGGUUUUGCUUUGUGUAUGAAACUUACGGUUCUUUUUUGGAAACGUAUAUAUAAUAUCAAGACCUUGAUGCUCGUAGCUUUAAUCUGUG